AUGUUUAUUUCAGAAGAAGAGAGAACCUGCAUCUUUAAUGAACAUGCAAAGCUAAGUGCAGCGGUUGAUAUGGGAGAUAGUCAAAGGAAGUAUUUGGAGAAAGAAAAAGCAAUGGACAACGUAGAGAGAAAUCUGACAUUUGAAUUUCAGUGCAGACAAAAGCAAGAUUAUGAUGAAUGUCAGGAUGAAAAUACCUGCCUGGGUGGCCGUUGUUCAAACACCAUUGGAUCCUAUUACUGUACCUGUACACCACCACUGGUUCUAGACAGCUCCCAACAUAAGUGCGUUACCAACACCACUGAGACUCUUGCUCAAAAUGUUGGUUUAUGCUGGCAAGAACUGGGUGAACACUGGGUUUGCAGCCGUCCUCUUCUAGAAAGACAGAUGACGUAUGCCGAAUGUUGCUGCCAUUUUGGAAAUGCUUGGGGAAUAGACUGCGCACUUUGUCCUUUAAGAGAUACAGAUGAUUAUGCAUACUUAUGUAAUCCUGCAAGAUCUGCUGAACCACAUGAUACAGAAUCCUACGAAUAUAUUCAUGAAUCACGAUUGGGUUCAUAUCCUAUGUAUGAAUCAGAUAGACUGUAUGGUAGAAGACAUAGACCAUUAUAUGGUUCUGAGCCAAUUACAGGUCACAGUUAUGAAUCAAGACCUUUUCUUCCUCCUCAGCAAUUUGGACUUCAGGAUUACAUGUAUGAAGGAAGAACAUAUGAGACAAGUGAUGUUGGUUCUGACUUUGCAUACUUAAGUCCAGAGGGAGACUCCAGAACAGCAUACAGAACCCGAGACUCCUUACAUCAACCUGUCUUUGAACAACCUAGCUUUCAAGGCAGCACUAACUUUAGACCAAGAAACACCCCAAGUGGCCCAGCAUACAACCCGGAUGAAAGUCGUUCAUGGCUACGAUACAGUGACCAAGGAACUCCAUCUUUCCCAGCAAAUCCAGACAGAUCUCAGCCAGGAAGCAGGCCAGAAGUUUUGGAAGAACGCUAUGAGCAGUUUGAAGGUCUACGACAUGAAGAGUGUGGCAUUCUGAACGGAUGUGAGAAUGGAAGAUGCAUUCGUGUACCUGAGGGUUACACCUGUGACUGCAGUGAUGGAUAUCGCCUUGAUAUAGCACAAAUGGCUUGUGUUGAUAUCAAUGAAUGUUUUGAACCUGAUGAUCCGGCUACGAUCUGUGUGAAUGGCCGAUGUGUUAACACUGAUGGCUCUUAUCACUGUGUUUGUCCACCAGGCUUUGUAAUGUCUCCGCAGCGAAAUUACUGUAUACUAGCCCAUCCUAGAGUUUAAACACCAAAAGCAAGAAUGAUUUGUCAAAGUUUAAUUAUUUGAUAAUUACUUGUCUGUUGUACUAGGAAGGCUAAAAUAAAUUUUGGAAAAUGUAUUUAUUUUUACAUAUUUAAACAUAUCCAGCAGUUGAGUCGAUGUAUUUUGUAUAACAGAUACAUGUGACAUUACUGUUUAAGAAGAUCCUGUUUUGAAAAGUUUAAAAAUAUUUUUUUGCAUUUUUGCUAAGUGCAUGUUUUUCAGAAUUAGAUACUUGCAGAGGCACAAUUAAGUCAUUGUAUGUUGUAUGUAACUGCGUUGAGCACCAUUCAUUACAUAUGAAAAUAAAGUUUAGUGUAUGUUUUAUCCCAGCAGGCUUAUUAUGAGUAUGCAAAACCAACAAUGAGAAAAUACAAAAUAGCAUCCACCUCAGAAGAUAACCAGCAAGGAAGGAUACUUCAACACUGAAAUAGCAUCCACACUGUUUAUUAACCACUUUCGUCACAAAAGACUUCAUCAGAAUACAAACACAUACUGAUACCACCAUAUUUAAAUAAAGUUAAAGAAAGUGUUUGUAGUAUUUCUCUCAACAAAUAAUAUAAGCAUUGACCAGAGUUAUAACCAAAUUACAGAAAUAGCACUUUAACUGGCAGUGCAGCUAAUGCUUACCUUCAUUCCUAUUACAAUCAGCACAAACUCCCAUACCUCACUUAAAACACCACAGCCUUCCAAUACAGCAUACCAUCACUCACUUCUGAAUGAACAAAAACCAAAAGUAGAAGAGGCACUUCCAAUUGACCCCUCUUUGUUUGCCCACCAGCCUGCCACUGCAUGCUGUUUCUACCCUCUUUCCUUUAUCCAUAAUUAAAUCCUUCAAAAAUAACAAAAAAUGGUCAUUGAACAAAUCUAAACUUGUAACACUUAAAUGAAUUCCAUCCAUUCUGCUCCUUGAAGCAUCCCUGUCACCAUAAUAACUGGACUCAAUAACAUACAAACCUAACUUCUUUGAGGUCCUUCACACCCUGUGAUUAACAAACCAUUUAGCACUCUACAAAUCCAUAAAACUACCUGCAUGCCUCUACAACAACCAAGGAAUAAUCGCAUACCAUACUGACACCAUCUUUGGAAACUUCUAUUUCAAGUCCAGUUAAUCAGUGACAAUCCUACUGAACAAAACCACCCAACUCAAAUCAUUAUCUCCCAAAUGAAUUAUCAAAAUGCAGGGUACACCAAAUGUUGUCUGUAUCUCAUCAAAUUUAAUCAAAAAAUGCUGCAACCUGAGCCCUCAAAAACCAUGCAGAGAUAUUCUCCAUCUGUUCUUGUCUGAAUCCAACAUACAUCCUCCAAAUCAACACACCAAAAACCAAAACAAUGUCCCAACAAGACAAUGGAUCCACAAGCAAAAUUAGAACAGGAAUUAAGAACUGUCACCGUCACUAUCUAAUGUAAGAUAAAAAAAAAUACACAACCACCUCCCCACCCUACAUAUCAGCUCCACUGAUUUACACUCUUCAGCCAAGUCAUAUGCUCUACCUACCCUAAAUGAAUCUGCCAAAAACCUAUCAACACUAAUGCCUCGUCUCUCCAAAAUAGCCCAAAUCAUAUACCUAAACUGCUCCACGACUCUGCUGUUUCUAUUAUCCAGAUGGAAAAUUACAUCAUCCAAAACACCAGCAAAUAUUCUCUGCAGCUGCCUAGCUCAUGCUACUGGACAAAAAUGCUCAAUGAUGCAGCAUCACUUUUUGACCCCUCCCAGCCUGAUCUGUCUUAAAAUGGCAUAACCAUAUUGCUACUGAAGAGUGUCCCCAAAACUUUCCCAACUCUAAACGCUAAUAAUGAACACUGUAAAUGACACCCACACAGUGAGCUAUUUGAAUAGCCAUCAAGUUAUAUAAACCUUUAAAUAACACCUGAAGUAGCUGCUUACUCAAGGAAAAACAAUUAUCUGCUCCCAGACCCUGAUUUCUCUCCCAUCCCUUAACCAUUCUAGGGGUCUAUAUUAUAAUACCGAAAAUCCUUUUAAGCAAACAUGAAAACACCAACACGUAUUGUGUGAACCGCGAUUAUGUCGAACGUAUGAAACCGUGAAAUUGAAAAAGUUGAAGUGUCAUGGUUGGCCCGUCUAUGGUACAGCUCCGUAAGGUAAGUGUGC